UACGUUCCAUUCAAGUUAUGAUUGGAUGCGACACUAUUAGCCUAUAGUUUAUAUAGCAUAUAGUUUAUAUAAUUAAUCGUAAGGGGGUCAACGUGAAUCAAAGUUACGGUGACAGAUAAAUUGUUUUUUUCGAUUUAUACUAACUACUAUCAGUAACUAUUGAUAGGAUAUCAAUACUUUAUCUACAGUAAGUUAAACGAAAAAAGUAAGAAAACUAUAUCGCACGUACAAUCUGAUGUAAAUCUGUCUUUAGUCAAUUUAUCAAAAUUGCUUGUGUUUGGUGGUACAUACAUUUAAAUGUAUAAUAGUACCUAUGCUCAUCAGAUGUACAUAUGUAUUACGAUCGUUUUGUAUGUAUUUGAUUGCUGUUAACUGACAGCCAUUUGUUGUGAGCAAGUGAAAACAGUCGAUCUAUGUACAUUAGGCAUACAAUGUAUUUGGCAGGUGAAAUAAUGAUUACAUCAAAAACAGGCAUAGGAUGCAAGAUCAAUCGAUAGAUGUUUCAUUCUGGGCAAUACGGUUGUUUCUAAAAUUUGACAAUAAGACCCAUCAAGGCUCAAUAUUUAAGAUGUUUGGUUCAAAGACACAAUCAUCAAACAGUACCUUUUAUACUAAGUUGGAGGACAGUGUAGAAGACAAAGAAUCUGGUUUAAAUAAAACAACAGAAUGUAAAGAUGAAGAAAAUGUGGAGAUCAGACAUAGUCAUUCAGAUACAACGACAGAUGGAAAGAAACAAGAAGAAUACAAUGGGCAUUCGUUUCGUAGAAUUGCAACCUUUGGCGGCUUCUCUGGAUUUUGGCCAUUCGUGAUGUCAACUAGAAAUUCUACAGAUGAUGUUGAAAUUGGAGAGAAUGAGGAAAACUCUAUGAAAGUGCCAUUUGUUCAUGUAACACAUGGUGUGCUAGAGUAUAGAAGUAGUAGAUAUAUCGCCGCGGAGAGGAACUCCUGUCGAUAUACGGUUGACUCGUAUAUGGUAAGCGAAUCGGAAAGCGAAGAAGAAUCGGAGAGCGUGAAAUCUUCGGAAACUGAUUCUGCAAUAGUCACGGAUCACACUGAAAAUUCGGCGUUCCAAGCAAAAUCGAGUAAUGACUCUGAUCGUUUAGAUUCGAAAAAGAAAAAAGCGCAUCAAGUUGCAGAAGAAUUAUUGUCUACAGAAAAGACUUAUGUUGAUGUCCUAAGGCUAAUCGAUCAAGUAUUCCAAUUUAGAGUUGAUCAAGAGAAUAGAGCGCAUCCUAUGUUCCCUCCAGAAACAGUACAACACAUGUUUUCUAAUAUCAAAUCGAUUUAUAAAUUCCACAACGAUUUUCUAUUACCUCAACUUCAAGAGAGAAUACAAAACUGGGAUUCGGAUCCUAGAAUCGGCGAUAUUAUGAAGAACUUUGCUCCAUUUCUAAAAAUGUAUACAGAAUAUGUAAAAAACUUUGAUUAUGCCAUGAAUUUGAUACAAAGUUUACAAGCUAAAGUCGCCAGAUUUGCUGCAAUUAUCAAUGACAUUCAAAAAUUGGACGAGUGUGCCAAGUUAUCCUUGUGUCAUCAUAUGUUGAGUCCUAUACAAAGGUUACCGAGAUACGAGCUUCUUCUGAAAGAUUACCUGAGAAACCUCGCGAAAGGAAAUGCUGAUUACGAAGACGCUAAAAAGGCAUUGGAAUUAGUAUCUACUGCUGCUAAUCACACGAAUGACGCGAUGAAGAAGAUCGACAAGUUCAAAAAGCUUCUCGAAAUACAGGAGAGCAUAUACGAUACGACGGAUCUAGUCAGUGCUACGCGGGAACUUGUAAAAGAGGGUCGUAUCGUUAAGAUUUCAGCAAGGAGUGGCGAUCAUCAAGAAAGGCAAUUGUUUUUGUUUAGCGAUUUAUUAUUACUUUGCUCGAUAAGACUGAUACCUGGACCAUUGUAUCGAUUGAGAGCGAAAUUCAUGGUCGAAAAUUUACAAGUAAUGGAGGGUGACAAUUUAGAAACUGCAAACACUUUUUAUAUAAGAGAUGCAGACAAGAGCGUCGAACUAUACACGCAUUCAGCUGAGGAAAAGGCAGCAUGGCUUGAUGCGCUCUUUGAAACAAUGCAAGAAAUUAUACGAAGAAAAGCGAGCCUGAAAACUGGAAAUGUUAAAACACUUGUCGUGAAAACGGAAGACGUAACCAGGUGCAUGGUAUGCGACGUAAUUUUUUCCGUGAUGAAGAGAAAACAUAACUGCAGAGCUUGCGGAAUAGUAAUUUGCGGUAAAUGCUCGAAUCAAAAAUUAUUGUUCGAGGAUAACAAAAUGAUGAGAGUUUGUCGUCUGUGUUACGCUACGUUAACGCAACCGCUUUCCAAGUCACCCUCUUCGUCGUCUCCAUCCGGGCCAGUACCAAGUUUAUUACAAGUUUCGGCGAGCGCACCCUCCGUUAUAUCUGGAUACCUUAUGUUGAAAACUCAACCAAGUAAACCUUGGAUACGGCGAUGGUUCGCACUGCGCGUGGAUUUUGUUUUAUAUACCUUUAAGUCUGAAUCUGAAAGUAUGGCUCUGACAGCGACUCCUAUGCCUGGUUUUUUUGUUACGGAAGGUGUUACAUUACCUGACGCGGAUCCCUUGAGUUUGAAAGAUAGACCCAAGGCUCUUAAGAUGCAUCAUUCCAGGAAAAGUUAUUAUUUACAAGCAUUGUCGCAAGAAGACAAACAGAAAUGGUUCCACGCUCUACAAUUAGCCACUAAAGCGGAACUACCUUCAUUCGCAACAGUGGAGGACGAAGACGCACAAAACUGCCAACUGAUCGUUCAUGAACGAUGAACAAUUCGUACAAUUUUAUUCGUGAUGCGAAUCAAUUUUUUAUCAUUAUAACCGUACGAGAUCAGAAAGCGGUAGGAUAAUCGUUGGUAGAUAAUUAUUAUAUUAAAAUGACGUUAACUUAUGUUAUAUAAUAUACAGACACACACACAUAGGCAAAUUGUUAUUGGUGUAUCGUGGUCGACUCCAUAAUGAGUACACUGCCAAAAUGCUUGUUGUAUUUUGUACCGUUUUGUUAUAGUAUAUUUAAAAUAUAUAUAUGUACAUAUAUUUACAUCAAUGUGUAAUAUUGUAUAUCCUUUUCCUCA